CUGUCCCCCCACCCCCAUACCCCUACCUCAAACUCAGUGACCAGGGCCAGAUGGUGAAACCUGAGGUGGGGGGGGCUCCACCCCCUGCAGGGACCUGAUGGGCAGCACAGGUGGCCAAUCCUGGGGCUCAGAGGGUAGGUCUGCUGGCUGACCACUAAGUGAGGGUGCCCCAGCUUGCGGCUCUAAAGAGGCCCCACUCAGGAGCCAGCCAUGAGCUGUGAGGGCCAAACUAGCAGAUGCGCUAUACGCAGCCACCCAUAGGACCAUCCACAUGCAGCCUCCCUGAGUCCCAGGCACUAGAAGACAGGUGGCUCUACCCUUGGCCAAGGGCAGGUGUGGCACUGCUGUCUGCUGCCGCUGUGCCCUCAUUGGCUUCCACGCAAUCAUAUCAACAGAAGGAGCAACUGCCAUCCGAGGCUCCUGACCCAACCCAGGGCCACUCUCCAGGAGCAUGGGGCUCCCUGAUGUCCUGCCCCAGCUGGUGCUGCUCUGGGCACUGGUGUGGGCACAGGGGGCAGGGUCUGGAUGUCCCAGCUGCGGAGGCCCCAUGCUGGCACCCCAAGCAGAACGAGCUCUGGUCCUGGAGCUAGCCAAGCAGCAGAUCCUGGAGGGGCUGCACCUGACCAGUCGUCCCAGGAUAACUCACCCUCCUCCCCAGGCAGCGCUGGCCAGAGCCCUCCGCAGACUACAGCCCCGAAGCGUGCCUACAGCAGAUGGAGACGAGGUCAUCAGCUUUGCAACGGUGGCAGACUCCACCUCGGCCUGCAGCUCUGUGCUCACCUUCGACCUGUCCACGGCUCAGCCCCACCAGCUGUCCCGGGCUCGCCUCUGGCUGCACGCGCGGCCCCCGCCGCCCGGCUCGCUGUACCUGAGGGUCUUCGGGCGGCACCCGGGCGGCGGGCAGCGGGGGGCGCGCACCCUCCUGGCCGAGCAGCACCUGGCGGCCGCGGGCUGGCACGCCCUCGCUCUGCCCUCUGGUGGCCUGAGGGCUGAGGAGUCCGCCGUCCUGCAACUCCAGCUGAAGUGCAGGCUUCUGCCAGGCAACCGCACCUCUGCCCAGCAGCCGCAGCGGCGGCGGCUCCUGGACACGGCCGGGGACCGGCGGCCCUUCCUGCAGCUCCAGAUCUGGCCCAGGGAGCCCGGAGCGGGCCGGGCCAGGAGGAGGACCCCCACCUGUGAGCCCGAGACCCCCUUGUGCUGCAGGCGAGACCACUAUGUCGACUUCCAGGAGCUGGGAUGGCGGGACUGGAUCCUGCAGCCCGAGGGGUACCAGCUAAACUACUGCAGUGGACAGUGCCCCCCGCACCUGGCCGGCAGCCCCGGCAUCGCCGCCUCCUUCCAUUCGGCCGUCUUCAGCCUCCUCAAGGCCAACAACCCUUGGUCCUUGGGCACGUCCUGCUGUGUCCCUACGGCCCGGAGGCCUCUCUCUCUCCUCUACCUGGACCGCGAUGGCAAUGUGGUCAAGACAGAUGUGCCAGACAUGGUGGUGGAGGCCUGUGGCUGCAGCUAGCACGAGGACCUGGGCGUUUGGAGUGAAGAGAUCAGUUGGGGGUUCCCAGGCAAAGGGCAUCUGUGGCGGGCCACAUUGCAUUCCUGACCCACACCCCUACCCAACGGCGGGGUGGCAGUGUGACCUGGGUGACCCAAAUGGGCACUUGUUCAUCCAGAAUCUUGCCUGUUCCAGGCUGCUGGCUGGUGUGUGGGGAGAUGGGGAAAGUGUGUUCUCUGAAAGAGUCUGCCCAGGAAGCAUGAUUUCCUCCCCUAAGCCCUAAGGGAAGGUGGCAGAGGUGAGGGAGGGAUGGAGGGAGGGCAGAAGGCAGAGAAAAUUUACCUAGUCUCUCCCAAGAAGAGAAAGUCCUCGAGUGAGGGAAGCAGACCUCGGACAGGGGAACCAGGCUGGCCAAGGGCAGGAGCAGCGGAAGAGCUUUAAGGGAGGGCCAAGAAGGAGAUGGUCAGGGGGCUAAGAGGAGGUGUCUGGGAGGGCCCCAGAAAUGGGAGCCAGGAGAGAGAGGUGCUGAGCCUAAGAAGUUUCCUGGUUUUCCCCAGUGGGGGACAGGACCCACCGAGGAAACAAAUGUUUAUACUUACCCAAUAAAAAUGAGGGGAAAAAUCAAUCAACAAAUUUGAGUCAUAAAGAGGGGCUGUGGUGAUGACCCAGGGGGGGUGGUUUUCAAGGUGAGGUCUGGGGACCCCUGGGAGGUCCCUGAGACCCUUUUCAGGAGUGUUUGCAAGUCAAAACUAUUUUCAUAAUAAUAUUAAGAUGCCUUUUUUAUUUUCAUUAUCUCAAAAGUACACAGUGGAGUUUUCCAGAGGCUACGUGGCAUGUGAUUACAUCAUCUUUCUGACAUCAUUGUUAAUAGGAUGUGUGCUUGUGUAUUCUUGUGUUACAAACUUUUUUCGGUUUUGAUUUCUGAUAUAGUAAAUUGAUAUGAACCACAUAAACAAAAAAUCAAUAAAUUUUAAGAGUGUAAAGGCAGGGUGCCUGGGCGGCUCAGUGGGUAGAGCAGAUGACUCUUAACCUUAGGGUUGUGAGUCCAAGCCCCAUGUUGGACAGGGAGGCUACUUAAAAAAAAAAAAAGGAGUGUAAAGGGGUCUAAAGUCAAAAUUUUGGAGAAUCACUAAUCUGGAGACCUAGGUGAGGAGGAAAAAGCAGCGUGUUCUAAAAGAGCUUCUCUGUGGGCGCCCGGAUGGCUCAGCGCCUGAGCAUCUGCCUUGAGGUCAGGUCGUGAUCCAAGAGGUCCCAGAUCGAGUCCUGCACUGGGCUCCCGCAUUGAGCCUGCUUCUCCCUCCACCUAUGUCUCUGCCUCUGUGUGUGUGUGUGUGUGUGUGUGUGUGUGUGUGUGUCUCUC